UUAGAGAUACUCAUACUGUGUAGUGUCAGUGCUACACUGAAAAACACUGUUACAAGUCCUGCUUUCAAAGUUUUACUCAUGUUGUGACCAAACAAUGUUGGUCAUCAAAUAUAUGUUAACAUUAACUGGUUUUGUCUCGUUUGUAGAGUUGAGUCAGACUAUCCCCAAUAUCAUCUUGGGGCAGGACUGUAUGGUGACGAGGAAUAAAAGAAAAACUCUCCUAACAACGAGAAAAAAGCAGAGAGAUGCCUGCAAACGCACUGAGGUGUCAUUGGAGCCUGUGAAGGUGAAUGGCACAAAAAGAAAGGCCAACUCCAAAGCAGAGACUGCCAGUAAAAAGUUAAGGGUCGACAACAAGAUCAACACUGCUGAACCCACGAAGGUGCCAGUGAAAACUGAGAGUUCCGGCAGCAAGACCACCUCAGUAACCAGCAGAGACUUCGAGGCCAAGUACCAACAGCUAAACAAGCUCGGGGAAGGAGGCUUCGGAGCAGUUUAUGCUGGUUACAGGAAAACCGAUUCUUUACUCGUGGCAAUCAAACACAUCCCGAGGUCAGAUGCGUGCCUUCGACCAAGGAUCAUAAACAGGAAAAAAUGCAUGAUUCCUAAUGAGGUGCUUCUCAUGCAGCGAGUAGCAAGUGGACCAGACUCUGUGGGGAAAUCUGCGGCCGUAUCAUUGCUAGAUUGGUACGAUCUGGACCAGGAGGUUGUGCUGGUCAUGGAGAGACCAUUCCCCUGCACUGACCUGUAUGCAUACAUCACUGGUCCCAUGGAUGAAAACCAGGCUAAGAUCAUCAUGAGACAACUGGUAGAAGCAGCCAUUAAAUUGCAUUCGGAAGGUGUUUUCCACCGUGAUAUCAAGAAGGAAAACGUCCUUCUCGAGACUGGCUCUGAAGUCCCUCGAGUUCGUCUCAUAGACUUCGGAUGUGGCUGCUUCGUGAAGAAGGGACCGUACCGCUGCUUCUCUGGAACCUCUGCAUACGCCCCUCCAGAGUUUUUCAAACAGGGAAGGUACGAGGCCGGCCCCACCACAGUUUGGCAGCUGGGUGCUCUCCUCUAUGAACUGCUGGAUGGACUGAAACAGUUCACCACCUCCAGAUUCAUGCACACAAGGACUGAAAUCACCAGCAAGUUAAGCAAGUUAAAAGUUUCCCAGGACUGCCAGGACUUUCUGAGGAUCUGUUUGGAUGCAAACCCAAAGCAGCGUGCCACCCUCGAACAUAUGCAUCUGCACCCGUGGUUAAAAUAGUCACAACCAGCACAAACCAGACCCUCAACAUCUACCACCAAACCUCCACCCCUCUUGGCUCAUGGCUCCCAAAUUGACAGAAUUAAAUGUUAGAAAUUUGGGAAUCUGGCUGGAUAAUGAACUAAUUAAAAAAAAAAAAACAGUGUGGUACAUCUGAAUAUGAAU